AUGAUUUCCUCACAGCAAGCGAUGGUACAUGUUGUCAGCAGGAACGCAGAGGGCGUUAUUGUUGUGGAUGGCAAGGCGUACCCUAUGGCGGAGGAACUUGUCGCCACCGAGAGUGUGAUUCAACGGAGCAUCAAGGCUGUCGCCAAGCAGAUCGCUGAUUUCUACAGGCCCUUGUCCCACCGCGACACACACGGUGGCGGAGGUGUGGCACCCAUAAGCGAUGAAAACCCGCUCAUUAUUAUCUCCGUUCUGAAAGGUAGCUACAUCUUCACUGCAGACAUGGUACGCUACCUUGGUGAUUAUGGUCUGCCACACGUAGUGGAUUUCCUGCGGGUUGCCUCAUACAGGGGUACAAGCAGCACGAACAAGAUGCAGCUUCUGGCUGAGACGCAGUUUAAGGCGCUGCGGGGCAAACAUGUCCUUAUCCUUGAGGACAUUGUCGACUCUGGAAAAACGCUGAGGUACAUCUUGGAUAAGGUUCAGCGGGAACAUCAGCCGGCCACGUUGAAGGUCUGCGUGCUGGCGGACAAACCUGGAGGCCGCCGGGUAACGAUGCAACCGGACUUUGUCUGUCUGACGGUGCCCAACAAGUACGUGAUUGGUUACGGCUUUGAGGUGAAUGACCGAUUUCGCUGCUUUAGACACAUCUUCACCCUCAGGCCGGGGGAGGCACGACGGUACCCCGCACAUUUGUAA